AGAAAAGAGAGCAGCAUUGAGCUCUAAGAACAAGGAUUUACUGAGAUAUGUGACCAUCUCUGGAGGAAAAGAGUGACAUGUUGUGUUGUGCACUGCAACAUUAGCCCUGGCAUGGAAUCAGCCGUGGGAAAACACUGUCAGGACAUUCAUAAUCAUAUCUCCUUUAUCUCCAAUCUUUACAAAGUCCUGUUAAUUAUUAAUUGAAAACAGCACUAGGCCAAAUUCUAAUACCACUGAAGUGCUAUAAAGCCAGAAUAAUUCUGCUUGAGCACAUGACUUUCCUCCAACAUAGCCAAAAUCUUAAUGCUGACAGAUAACAAGCACAGUGGAAGGAGUCAGCAACUUUGGACCACAUUGAGAUCUUCUGACAUGGAAUCUGGGUGGGUCUUUCACCAGCUGCACUGAAGACAUCGAGUUAUCACAUCCCUCUUUAUAACAUUCCUCCAAGGUGGACUUGGGCAUUUGAUAACAAGAAUGUCAUCAUGUGCCAUCUAGGAGAUAAGUCUUGUUGUCAGAACAAUGUUAUGAAGGUGGAAAGUCCGUCGCUGGUUGGCUGAUGUUCUGUGGACAGCCUAGAGCUAUGCCUUAUAAAUUUUGAGAGAUGAGAGAGACCAGCUUCUUUUCCCAUUGGAAAAAUGGGCUCCAGCAUCUUCCCGCUCUGUGCAGCACUUCUGUUAUGUUGUGUGCAUGGUACUCCUGUCUCUGUCGGGCGCCUCUCCAAUGAAGCUGGAGCAGAUGCUGAGUUGGGUGAAAUAUUCAAAGACAUUCCAGACAUAAACUUAGCUGCUGGACUGGAUCUCUUUCAGGGUGAUAUCUUGCUCCCUAAAAAUCAACGAAAUGCCUUAAGAAGUGAGGAAUACAGAUGGAAUUUUCCCGUUCCUUAUAUUCUGGCUGAUGACCUGGAUCUGAAUGCCAAAGGAGUCAUCCUCCAGGCGUUCGAAAUGUUCCGCCUUAAGUCUUGCGUUGAUUUCAAACCAUAUGAAGGAGAGAGCACCUACGUAUACUUUACAAAAAGAGAUGGGUGCUGGUCCAUGGUGGGGGACUUGAAGUCUGGACAGAACCUCUCUAUUGGAGAAGGGUGUGACUAUAAAGCAAUCGUGGAACAUGAGAUCCUGCACGCUUUGGGAUUUCAUCAUGAGCAGUCGAGGACAGACCGGGAUGACUACGUGACGAUCUGGUGGGAUGAAAUUAUUCCAGGCAAAGAGUACAAUUUUGUGAAACAUGAUGACGAGCACAUCACUGACCUGAACACCCCGUAUGACUAUGAAUCAUUGAUGCACUACGAACCAUUUUCAUUUAACAAAAACUCAAGCAUCCCCACAAUCACAGCGAAGAUACCAGAAUUUAACAACAUAAUUGGACAACGUCUAGACUUAAGUGCCAUUGACUUGGAAAGAUUGAAUCGCAUGUAUAACUGCACUUCAACUCACACUUUCUUGGACCAGUGUUCUUUUGAGCUUGAAAAUAUAUGUGGCAUGAUUCAGGGCUCCAGAGAUGAUCUAGACUGGGUCCAUCAGCAGAGCAGUGCCACCGGGCAGGAAGACCACACACUUUCUGGGCGCUGUAGAGAUGCUGGUUAUUUCAUGUACUUCAACACCAACUCUGGCCAGGCAGAUGAGGUGGCAGUCCUAGAGUCCCGCAUCCUUUAUCCCAAGAGGAUUCAGCAGUGCCUCCAGUUCUUCUAUAAGAUCACAGGAAGCCUUUCUGACAAGCUGAUCAUCUGGCUUAAAGAGGAUGAUGGCACCGGAAAUGUGCGCAAGAUGAGGAAAAUUCAGACCUUUCAAGCGGAUAGUGACCACAGCUGGAAAAUUGCCCACGUAACCCUCAACGCUCAGAAGAAGUUCCGUUACCUCUUCCAAGGAGUGAAGGGAGAUCCCAGCUCUUCAUCUGGUGGGAUUGUUAUCGAUGAUGUCACUCUGACAGAGACCCCAUGUCCCACAGCUGUGUGGGUCAUCCGAAACUUCAGCCAAAUCCUCGAAAAUACAUCCAUUGAGGUUCUUCAAAGCCCCCGGUUUUAUAGUCCUGAGGGGUAUGGUUUUGGCAUAACUUUGCAUCCUCACGCUAGCAUCAGUGGCUACACUCGCAUCGCCUUUCACUUGUGCAGUGGAGAGAACGAUGGUGUUCUGGAGUGGCCAGCUCUCAACCGCCAAGCUAUGCUCACAGUCCUGGACCAGGACCCCGAUGUCUUGAAAAGGAUGUCCUCAAGCAAAAGCUUCACCACAAGCAAAGACCAAGUUGCCUCAGAUGUUAAUGGAGUCUCAAUAUGGGAGAAGCCAUCAAUUAAUGGAACAUUUGAUGCCUCGUGCAAUUGCCAUAGGAGUAGAGCCUGGGGGUGGACUAACUUCAUAUCCCACAGCCAGAUGAGACGGAGAAGCUUCCUGAAAAACGAUGACCUGAUUAUUUUUGCAGAAUUUAAUGAUAUAACUCACCUCAAUAUCACCGAAGUCCCUGUUGAACCUCAACGGUCUACCUUUGUAGAAGGCCACAUUCUUGAAAGGCAGAAGAGAGCAGCCCAGGGCAUGGAGCCCGUUCGGGACUGGCUGCCUGACCUGGCAGACCCCUGUGACCCAAACCCCUGCCAGAACGAUGGAGUCUGCCUGAAUGUGAAAGGGAAAGCAAGCUGCAGGUGCCCAUCAGGACAAGCCUUCUUCUUUACGGGUGAGAGAUGUCAGUCGAGACAGGUCCAUGGGGACAUCCUGGGAAUGACAAUUGGUGGAAUUGCUGGAACCAUUGUAUUAACCAUUGUCCUCAUUUCCGUGAUCACUAGAAGAUAAAUAGCUGUGGGAGGAUGAAUCUCAGUCUUUUUUUUUUUUUCUAUUUUUCCUAAGACGACAGCUUUCAGUGAAAAAUGAUGAAUACAAUUUUUAGAAGAUCAGUCAACAUAUGGAUGAAAUGCUCUAUCAACAUCUUGGCAGUAAUCUGUUUACUCUGUAGGUCUUCACAGUUAAAGCACAUCAUGUGGAACUGCUGUCUAAUGAAAGUUCAUACCCUACCUCUCUUGUCUACUGUUUAAAUGUUUAGUUUCUUUGUCCAAUAGCAAACUGUAGUGCUGGGAGUCCAUGCAUUUAUUCUCCAACACAGUUGGAACUUAGAUUAAAUAAUGAAUAGGACCUCUCAAAACACUGGAAAAAGUCACACAGAAGCACGUAUAUUAGAAUUCUAAAAAUGUUCCCAGAGAAAUUACUCAAGAAAUUUAAAGGGUACAUAUCCAUAGGUGUCUGAAUCAGGACACCAACAGUCAUUUUCCAUGGAUCUGUGCUGGUUUACAAACCUGAGUAGCUCUUAAAAUUCAUGGUAAACCACUACUGUAAUUUUGGCCAAUUCUGUAGCACAGAAAUAAUUUCCUAUCAAAGCCAGAUGUCUUUCUAGGAGACCUCACCAAAUAAGGUUUUCAAAUGUUCCAGUGUAAAGCUACUCUCCCAGCAUAAUCCAAGGUCUCCAAGUCUUCACCCUUGCCAAACCACACACUGUUUCCUCUCUACUACAGGAACUUGUGACAGCAUCCAGUCACAAAGAUGUUUUGUCAGAUGCUACUGGGUGCAUUUGGGCUCUGCUUGAUGCUUUGGCUCCCUAUUGAAACAUGGGAAUAGAAGUAUGUCCCCAGCCUCAAGACAAGGCGAUGGAACAGCUUUCCUCCAGUGGGAGGAAACCAUUGUUCAGUCCAUGUCCAGGACAUGUCCUUUCCCCUUGCAGGGCCUUGCUGGGAACUGCUGUUGCUGCCCAAUGUCGUACUGUAUCUGGAACCUCCAGAAGGAGGCUGUUGGACUUGUCAGUGCUGCUGCUGGUUGGGUGCAGGGAUUUCUUCUCCCCGCACUGGGAAGUUGGUUUUGCCCUCCUCUAAUACAUCUUAAGAGCUUGCUGGCAGCAGAAUGUGAUGGCAGAGAAAAAUGACAGGGACUUUGCACCGGGGUAGGAAAACACCCUACCUGCCCCAGGGGUAGGCUCUACGCCCACUAGCUCCUCCUCAACCUGAGAGUAACAGAGUUCAGAGCAUCUCUUCAGUGCAGAAAAAAAAACCCCUCAAAGGCCCAGCUGCAAUCACUCUCUACAAACAUUCCAGUACGUGCCCUUUUUAUGGGAAAAUGUAUAACACAGUCCAUUUUCCUUGGGAUAUGAAGACUGAUAUUGUCAGUCUUCCCAAAAGAACCUGUUCAGAGCCUACUCUCUUCCUUGCUCUUCCUUGGUUCCCAAAGUGCUUUGUUUUGCUAACCACAGGGCUUUGUACUGGGUACACUGAGAUGCUCUCUUACCUGCAGCAAGUGCUCUCAGUAUCCAUAAACAUUGUUCAAUAUAAUUUUGUAGCCAUUUUCUAGGAUCUUAGCAUCUCAGCAUCACUUGUCACUCCUUCAUUUCCUAGAAGCCUACAUCUAGUUCAUACGGGGUCAAGAUCCACACUUAGGUGAACUGGGAGAAUCAUAGAAGCAUAGAAUCCCUAGGUUGGAAAGGACCUUUGAGAUGAUCAAGUCCAACCGUACGUGUUUACUGCUAAAUCAUAUCCCUAAGCACUUCAUCUACCCAUCUUUCAAAUAACUCCAGGGAUGGGGACUCAAUCACCUCCCUGGGCAGCCUCUUCCAGUGCUUGAGAACCCUUUCAGUGAAGAAGUUUUUCCUGAUAUCCAAUCUGAACCUGCCUUGGUGCAGCUUGAGGUCAUUCCUUCUUGUCCUAUCACCUGUCACUUGGGCAAAAGACACCCACCUCACUACAACCUCCUCUCAGGCAGUUGCAGACUGGGAUGAGGUCU